ACCCUUUUUAAAAGCUCACAAGUUCUCCUCCCCACUUCCAUUUCCCAAACUCUCCAAAAUUUCUCCCUUCCCUCUUCCCCCACGUGUGCUCUCAACAACCCCCUCUUUCACCUUCAUGGCCACCCAACCACUACCACCAUCUCCACCGUCACCACCACCACCACAAGGGCUAACCCAAGAAGAGUACACCACCUUACAACCCCUAAUCCAAACCUACCACACCUACAACCCACCCCCACCCAACACCACCACCUCCCUCAUCACUCAACGCAUUGACGCCCCAGCAGACGUCAUCUGGCCUUACGUCCGUCGUUUCGACAACCCUGAACGCUACAAACAUUUCAUCAAAAGCUGCCGUUUAACCUCCGGUGACGGCUCCUCCGUCGGUAGCGUACGUGAGGUAAGCGUAGUUUCCGGUCUACCAGCAUCAACUAGCACCGAACGCCUCGAACUUCUCGACGAAGAACACCGCGUAUUAAGCUUUCGUGUGGUGGGUGGACAACACCGCCUUCGUAACUACAAGUCUGUUACCUCCGUCAAUGAGUUUAAGAAUAUCAAUGAGAAUAAAGUUUAUACAAUUGUGUUGGAAUCGUAUAUCGUUGAUAUUCCUGAAGGUAAUUCUGCUGAUGAUACAAAGAUGUUUGUUGAUACUGUUGUUAAGCUUAAUCUUCAAAAACUUGGGGUUAUUGCCACGUCUGAUUUUCAAGGAAAUUAAUGAUUUUUUUAAUUAACAUAAUAAUUACAUUAUGUUAAUUAUUGGAUAGUUCUCAAAUUUUGAGGGCUUUCCCUUUUUCUUCUUUUUUUUAAUUUUUUUUUUAAAUCCAUGUAAUUAAUUUAGCAUGGAUUUGGAGAUCAUUAUGGUCAAUAAUCUAGGUUUUUCUCCCUUAAUGAAAAAAAUAAUUAGUUGUAGUUGGUAUUUGGUAUUUGGAGGAAUGUGGGUUAAUUUUUUGUAUGGAGUACUUUUUUUUUAUUAUUAUUAUUUAUUUUAAAUUUUAUAUUUUUGCAUUAACCUCUUAUGUAGUUUUGGAGUAUUUUUCAUUUUUCUAUUAUAGAAUUAAUAUGUCACUCCUCCUCCUUGUAACGCCAAAAUAAAAGACAUAAAUACGAAGUAGUACCAAAUA